AUGCGCACGGAGUUGUCACACUCUCUAUGGUACGCAGUCGUUGACGCGAGGUCGUCGAUCAUCUGUUCGACGCCAUCGUUAUGGGCGUACAUCGGAUUGGACGUGGAACGAUGGUACUACCACUGGGCCGACGACUCCGCUGCGACCGAUGGCAUUACCCGCCUUACAGAUGGAGUCCAACUUUUCCUAGAUCGCUCCAAGUCUGCACCGUUGAAUCUGGACCUAACGAUAAAGAUGCGCUCUUCAGUACCCGUCGGUCCGACCACCAAACUGCUUGAUGUCCUUGCCCAAAGUAUGACUCGAUGGAGGGUUGUCUUUUUGAAUAUAUCACCCGAAAUAUUCGAACAUCCUGCUUUGCAGUUGCUUCCCCAGUCCCUCCAACAUGUCACCUGGACGGAUCCAUCGAGCGACCUCCAUGUCAACCUAUUUAACAAAUGCCCUUCUCUCACAUCCCUCAACCUUUUCCAUAUACAAAUACCUUACAGAUUUCAACGAGAGUCGCCGAGAAUCAAGACUCUCGAUAUUACACUAGACGCUAGUUCCGCCACACUUAUACCAGGAGCGACGGGCUUUUUAGAUGAACUGUUCGUGGGACAGAGUUGUUCGCUCAGCUCACCCCUACUACCUCAUUUAACCGAUCUGAAUCUUUUCAUGAAUCGUGACAGCUUUAAAGAAGAGCCUCUUGUGCGUGCUGUCACAUCGAGAUGGCUCCCUAACUUGGAGGACGCAACCAAGGCAGGUGUCGCAUGUUUACGGUCAUUCAGACUCAUGAUGAUGAACCACGACUUUGUCCCUACCCUGGAACCUCUACUCUAUCUUAGAGAUGCUGGGUUGAGAGUGGAUGUCUUUCCAACUCUGGAACUGGAUUAG